AUGACGUGUUCUUGCUUUCGUGCCCUGCUGCUGGCCUGCUGCGCGGUGAUUGGAUGCCAGGAGAAGUUGCGAACCAUUGUCUCCGUGGAUCUAGCCGGGUUCUUCUUCCGCUUCGCAGCAAUCCCUCCAAAGACGGCGCUGGCUGUGGCGUACCUCUUGCACGAGCCCAGUGUGGAGGUUCUGGCCCUCGCAGCUGGCUUCGGGGAAAGCAGGACCUGGUACCAGCAGCUGCUGCUGAGGCACCCUUGCAAAGCGGCCGAAACGUUUCUGGCCGAUCUCAAGCGGAAAGACGUGCCGGUUGUUUGCGGCUUGGCAGCAGGCAACUUCCUGCAGCGCAGCCCACUUGAUGCGCUUGAGGAGCUGAUGGCAGGAGGCAACGAGGCCGCAUGGCUUGUGCUGGACUCGAUGACAGCAGCGGCUGCCGUGACACUGCCGUCGCUGAAGAGUUCGAGAAGGAUAUCCGAGUUCGUCUUCGCAGGGCCAGGGCUUCGCUGGUUUGGGGCCGAGCCCAGCGCCUUCGGAGCGGCAGGAUUGAUGCUUCGUGGUUGGCAGGACUCCUUCACCGAGGCUGCGCCACGCUUGCGCUUGGUCCGCAUGACCGGGAACUCAACGGUGCUUGACAAGGAGAUGAAGAGAUGUCGAGGUUCCUGGAUGACGCAUCACUUUCUCAGGGCUCCUGUCGUCACGACGAUCCAGAAGCACAUGUCUGUGAUGUUUAUGGCGUCCACAUUGUCAACGACGGGCAGCUUCAUGUCAUCUUCCCUUCUAGGCAUUCUCAACCUUGUGUUCCCGCAGGAUCAGGAUGCACCACUCCUGGCUGCUGCCCUCGUGGCACAAGCGGAGGGCUGCGCAGCCGUGUCGCUGGGUGGACAGAUUCAGGUCUCACCAGAAUCCUGCCGUCAAGAGAAAAGAGAGGAUCCGCCUGACACACUUUAUGUCAAGCUGCAGGACAUGACGGACACAAGUCACAUCCGCGUCGUGGAUACCCUGUGCGACGUCGCACUGCCCAAAGUGGCAGAGGAGCUCUGA